GCCGCCCUAGAGGCAGACAGCCUGGGCCUGGAGGAAUGAGCAAUGUCCUACCCUGCCUGUAGGGUCGGAGGAGCUGGACAUUCAGGCUUAUAAGGGACAACUAGUCGAGCUGGUGAUCACAAGCAGAAGCCGCGUAUUUGAUUCGCGGCUGAUCGGGGUUGGUGUUUGUGGAGUCCCCAGUUCGCCUACACCGGACCGCUGCACGGUUCUUUGAACGGUUGUUGAGCACAAAUCUGACCGGAGGUUUUUGGUCAACUGGAGCACCGUGACCCUCCCCCGCGCGAGUCGACGGCGCUCGUGCGAACGUCCCGAUGACCGUACCAGGAACACCACGGCGUUCGGAGCCCUCCGCGUGAACACACGGCUGUCUCGCUUCGUGCGCUCGCACCGCGGCGUGAUGCGUUUGACGUUGGCGAGUUGAGCGAGGCACGAAAGUGGAAAUGGGCAGUCGCAGCGGCGCUUCUUUUGUGCGCGUGUCUCGCCCCUGACAAUAGCGCGAGGACUGCUGCUGCCGAAGGUGCUAUCUCACGAGGAGCGUCGCCGUGCACGCUCUGCGCAGACUGCCGGGUCCGUGCACCGAAUCGUAGCGUUCGGUUGCAGACGAGCGCGAUCGAGGACGCGCUGAAUAUCCCGUUACCGAAGGAGCCACGCGUGGGGGACGCGUUCUUACGCUUCCAUAAAUCGGCGUUCGUUUCUUCUCGUGCGUGGGCUGCACGCACACCGACGCGUAUUAGGUAAGCUGUGGAACGGAUAAACCGGAGGUCUCCCCACCGACGGCCACGCAGGAGGAUCUCGGACACGCACCUGGCGUUCAGACACCUCACCGAAUAAGGAUUCAAACGCGGAUCUUUCUGUGUUCCCGGGAACGCCGCCCGGAGGAAUACUCGCGCAGAUCUGCAUCACAGCCUGAACACCGGAGCCGUAGCGCGUGCGUGCAUACGGACGUUUCGUUCCUCUCAGUCCGGAGCAAAGCCGCGUGCGAGCCGUGAACGCGAUGGAUGUCCGAUGGCUGAUGGUAGCCUGCGCUGUGUGGGUAGGCACAGCCUCCGCCCAGAGGCUGGUCUCCGUGCAGCCAGGACCCCUGGUACGGACCGAGGGCUCCCACGUGACCGUGUGGUGUAAUGUGUCGGGCUACAGGGAGGGCGUGGAGCAGGAUUUCGAGUGGUCCAUGUACCUGCACACGGCCCCCGACCGUGAGAUCCGCAUUGCCAGCACGGCACAGCAGAACUACGCCUACGCCGUCUACGCGCAGCGCGUCAACAGCAAGGAGAUCUACGUGGAGCGCCUGGGCCGAGACUCCGCCCUCCUGCACAUCACCAAGCUGCAGGCGACCGACCAGGGCAUGUUCGAGUGCUACACACCCAACACAGAUGGCCAGUAUCUGGGCACCUACAGCGCACGCACCAACCUCACCGUGAUUCCGGACACGCUUACCGUGACGUCGUCCGCCCAGUCCCUGUCAAAGGUGGAAGGAGAGGCCCUCCAGCUGAGCUGCGAGGUCACGCACCAGACCACCCAGCACACCCACCUGGCCGUGGGCUGGUACCUGCGUCCGCCCGAGGACCCCAGCACCCAGCCACGUGACCUCGUCACCCUGUCCCGCGAGUUCGUGCUGAGGCCCGGCGGACCGUACCGCCAGCGUCUGGCGUCCGGAGACCUCCGCCUGGACAAGACCAGCUCCUCCACAUACCGCUUCACCAUCUACAGGCUGCAGCCCGGCGACCAGGGCCAGCUCUACUGUGAGGCCUCCGAGUGGAUUCAGGACCCAGACCGCUCCUGGUACGCCAUGACACGCAAGCAGUCCGACAAGACCACUGUCAAAGUCCAGCCCACAGAUCGCGAUUUUAGUAUCCAGGUGACCACGGACCGCCGGGCCUACACGGCAGGUGAGCCGCUGGAGCUUCGCUGCUCCAUCGACGCCCAGAACGUGGCCGAGCGCUACUUCUCGGUGUCGUGGGUCUUCAGCAGCUCGCCUGUGGCCGUGGUGGGGCCCAGUGCCGUGCCAGUCAUCGGGGCCAACUACGUGGAGCGUGAGGCCGCUGGCCUGCUGGCCGUGCGGAAGGAGAGCACCUCUGUGCACCUGCUCCGGCUCCAGCGCCUCCAGCCCGACGACACGGGCAAGUACAUCUGCAGGGUGACGGAGCGUGAGAAGACACCCACGGGGGAGUUCAUCGACCGUAGCAAGAGGUCUCGCAACGUCCAAAUCACCGUCAGCCCCCUGAGCAGCAACGUCAGUGUGUCGUUGUCCACCGACUCGUCCGAGGUCAUGGAGGGUGAGCGUGUCCUCCUGAUCUGCUCCGUCAGCUCCACGCUGGGUGCCCUGUCCAUCCUUUGGCAGUGGACCAACCGAGACGGCACCGGCGUCGCCGUGGACAUAGCGUCCGUGGACCGCGAUGGCACAGCGCACCCGGGUCCCGCCUACCUGGAGCGCCACAGCUACGGGCACGUGCACAUGGAACGGGUGCGCUCCGACGCCUUCACCCUGGCCCUCCGCGACGCCUUCCCCGCUGACGAGGGCCAGUACCGCUGCAGCGCCACCUCCUGGCUGCAGGGAGGAGGUGCGCCCGACGGCUCAUGGCAGCCAAUCGGGGAGGGCUCUGCCACCAGGGUCAUCACCGUCAAGUCCGUCGAGUCGUCUUUCUUCGUGUCGGCGUCUUCGCGCACGCCGAGCGUGACCUUCGGAGACUCCUUUGACCUGCAAUGCCUGGUGAAGGCGCGCCCGAGCCCUAGCGUGCCUGCCUCCGUCACGUGGCGCUUCCAGCCGGCGGAGGGCGGCGGAGGGGAGCCGCGUGAUGUGGUGACGGUGACCCACGAGGGCACGCUGCGCUGGGGGGAGAGCGCCCUGGGCGCUGGGGCGCGCACCUCCGUGGAGCGCACGGCCAACACCACCAACUUCCGGCUGAGCGUGGGCGGGGCCGGCCGGAGGCAGGCAGGCACGUACCAGUGCUCAGCGGCACUGCACCGCAGGAACUACGAUGGCACGUGGCGGACAGUCGCCAACCGCACCUCCAACCUACUGGGCAUCAGUGUGGUGCAGCCAGUGAGCAAGCUCCGUGUGCACAAGUCCAACCAGAGCCUGCAGUUCCUAGAGAACAGCCGUGUGAGGGUCAACUGCUCCGUCACGUCUCAGACCAGCAGCGAGGCCCAGCAUGCCGUGCUGUGGUACGCACGCAAGGGCGAAGCGGCCGAACCCGACGAGCUCCUGCUGAAGAUCGAGCGUGGCGGGGCAUUCGAGUACGGCGCCUACGCCGAGGAGGAGCGCCUGCGCAGCCGCGUGCAGUCUGAGCGCCUGUUGCCCCGCGUCUACGGCCUCACACUGCACCGCACGGAGGCCAGCGACUCUGGAACCUACUACUGCCUGGUGGAGGAGUGGCUCAUGGACCCAGAUGGGGUCUGGUACCGGCUGGCACGGGACUCCUCCGGCUUCACACACGUGGUAGUGCGACAGCCAGCGGCCAGGCUGCAGGUGGAGGAGACGGAGUCCAACAUCACGGUUCCGGAGUCCAGCUCAAUCCGGCUGGGAUGCGGCAUUCCCGCUCAGUCCUCCAAAGAUUCGCGCUUCUCCGUAUCGUGGUACGUGUCCCGGGCAGGGGCCGAGGAUGAGGCCGAGCAGGAGUGCGUCUUCUCCAUCGGCCACGACGCCGUGUUCGGCAACGGCGACUGCAGCCCGGCGGAGGAGGCGGGGCCGGAGUCGCGGCUGCAGUUUGAGCGCACCACCUCCGACGUCUACGGCCUUACCAUCCAGAGGGCACGUCUCGGAGACGCGGGCAGGUACUACUGCCGCGUGGAGGAGUGGCUCCUGAACCCACGCAGCGACUGGUACCGCUUGGCCACCAACAACUCCGGAGUCACCAUCGUUAACAUAGUGGAGCAAGUCUCCACCCUUCACUCGGUGGUGUGUGCCAACCACUCCCUCUUCUACUUUGUCUUCUUCUACCCGUUCCCCAUCUUCGGCAUCCUCCUCAUCGUCAUACUGCUGGUGCGCUACAAGGGCAGAAGCUCCAGCAAGAACCAAGAGGGCAAGAACGGCGCCCCCUUGCUGUGGAUCAAGGAGCCACACCUGAGCUACUCGCCCACGUGUCUGGACCCCCCCGCCCUCAGCCUCCACCCUGGCUCCGUGGAGUAGGCGGGUCAGAGAUGCCCCCCUCCAUUUCACUCCUCCACCUUCUCUCUCUCUCUCUCUCUCUCUCUCUCUCUCUGACCUCCUAACUUGGCCCUGUCGACUGCUCCACUUGGCUGACUUAACCCCUACUAUGUUGCUGUUGCCAUGGCUACAGUUGUUGCCCAUGGAGAAGCCCAAACAUUUGGUCCUGGUUGUUUGUGUAGAGGAUUUGGCCUUUAUAUUGUUUUGCUCCUCCGGUAUGGGGACGUUUUUUAGACUGAAGUGCCUGCCGCGCCUCCACGUGCGCCAUGCGCUAGCGUUAGCGUCUGUUCCAGAAUAUUCUCCUUUGACUGGUGUGAUAUGGACAUGUUCCUGCCCUUCUUCAUGUCUGGUGCACUCUUCUUAAUGAUGUUACUUGUUUUCUUCACCCUGUUUUUGGCAGUGGUUGUUUCUUUCAGGCUGAUUGGCUGGCCGUCCCACCGGCCAGCGGUCAUCUCGGAGGGGGCGGGGCUAACAGCACCUGAGAGGUGGGGGGUGUGGAGGUGCUGACCCGCCCUGGGUCUGCGUAUGCUGCUGUUGUCCUAAACGCCCGCUGCCAACGACCCACGCCCACCCAUCGGGCGCUGACCCUCCGAUGGGUACGACAGCUCUGGGCCUGACUGUCUGGAGCACGUUCCAUUCCUCCAUGUGAACCUUCGAAUCCUGAAUUCCUUUUUUCACUAGUGUCCAUGUGCUCCUGUUAGCUAAUGUGUCUUUGAUUUGUUUAAUGUUGUGGAGUCAUGAUGAUGAUGAUGAUUAUUAUUAUUAGUAGUAGUAGUAUAUUGUUGUUGUUAUUAUUAUUAUUUUACAUUAUUAUUAUUUUUAUUGUUUUUAUUAUUGUUAUUGUUGUUGCUCUGACUCCUACAGGCAGAAGGGGAAAUUUGCAGGUCUGUCCUCAAAAAUGUUUCUUUACUCCAGUAUGCAGACCUCUAAGAUAUCUAAACGAGUGUGUGUGUGUGUCACGUAGAAGGAUGAUUGCCCUCGUGGGGACUCCCCAGCCGAGAGGAUCGAGAGGGAACGUGUGUGUUGGUGAUGAGAUGGUGAGGUCAGAACUGGGGGGUGUUCAGUUUCUUCUCUGACGGAUUAUCUGACGGAAGUCUGAGUGGAGUAUGAGACAUGAUUUACAGGAAGUCUCUGAAUCAGGGCCAGCCAAUGGGACUUCAGCGUGAUGUCACUGCUUCCCCUCCCUCUUUUCCCUACCCACUUUUAAACAGCCAAUCACCAAUUAACAGGACAGAGUUGGUUCAUAUGAGGACACGCUUCAAACUUGACAGUCAAUCUUAGUGUUCACACCUUUAUUUUGAUAUCCGUGCUCCGUCGUUCAGAAGGACAGCGAAGUCUGUCGGCUCCGAGACGCUGUAAAUAUGACAUGCCUGGGCGUUUUUUGACUUAUGGGAUAUGUAGGCUCGUAAAGGGCAUUUCCUACCUGAGGUUUAGUUUAAACUCCACAUCGACUCAGACACAGCAGACGUCAUCCCUGUUAUCUUACCGUGACGCAUUUUUGACACGUUGCCCAUUCUUUUCAUGGUUACAACUAAAGUUUUUUAACAAAUAUAUAUAUUUCCCUAUCUGGAUCCUGCGAAUAUUCCUACAACCCAGUGGGAUUAUUUCAAAAAAAAUAUCCACUGAGGCAUUUGUGUCUCCUGCUGUGUUUCAGGUGAUUUUUAAGAGCAGUGUGUAAUCACAGACGCAGUCAGGAAGCCGUUGUUAGGUUGCACAGAGGUUUUGGCUCUUGGCCUGUGAUGAAAUUAACUGCAUGAUUAUUCACAGAUGUGAACAAGCUGAACUGGCGUUAAGAAAAGGCUUAUGGAAGCCUGUUUCACACACAAAUGUAAGGCAGUCCUGGAUGGCAGGCCUGUAUGCGGGUUUCUCCUGUUCAGGAGCCCUCUGGAGUUCACCUCCAAUCUGUCAAAUCGUUUGUAAACACAGCCAAGAAGACCAAAUGUUGUAGUGCAUAUAUGGUGUGGUGCCAUUUUAAGAAGAAGUGUGACAUGUUAUCUCUGGAGGUGUGCUGCCAUGUUGCCCUGAAGUAAUAUUUAUGUUACACUGCCAGAUGAUUUUAACAAUGAGGAUAUGAAGACCACUGGUUUUAUACACAAAGGUUUCACAGAUUUAAACAGGACUGCUUGAGAAAAGACAAUCUCUCAGUCCGCCGUCCACGUUUGGACUGUGGAGCUGUGAUGAACUGCAGCGUGAAUGAAAUCUGUUUUUCUUCUUACUUUUUUGUCUUUUUUUAUUUGUUUGAUUGUACAGAAACAGAUCCUUUGUUCAUUUCUAAGAACUUUGUCUACAUAUGUGAAGAGCGACGUGCUGUUUGACGGAACAGCACCACAUCUCCAUGGACACACGCGGGGCGACGUUACCCCUGCCGCGCCGUGCUGUGAUUGGUCACUUUCUUGAAUUCGCUCACAGGUGAUAGGUAGAACCGUCCGUAUCGGUAUUAGAAAUGACACGUUUCUACUGUCUGCACGCAAAAGGACCGACUCACGAUAUUAAUCCACCUUGAGUCUGUGUUUGUGUCUUUUAUUUAUUUACGGUGUACUGUGAACCGUUUAGUUAGGCUGUGUGAACUUCAUCAGGCUGGACAGGUGGACACAUGUUGUGCGGACCCCAGGAGGGGUACGCCGCCGGUGCGUCUCCUGCGUGUCUCGUGAUGGAGGCUGUUUGCGUCGAGCUGCGUAGCACGCGAUGACCCAGGAGGCGCGCCGAUGUCUCGAACUCUUGAGCGCUGUUUUGUGACAUCAUGCCGGGCAGGCAGGGGCAAUCCCUCAGACUCUGGACACCUCCCUGCCGCUGGGAAGAUUCCGGCCCCUGCCGCUUCCUGUCCCAGUGGCAGGACACUAAACACCACAGCAGCAAAGGGACAUCAGCUACAACAACAUAAACCGCCAGGCAACAUGUACACUGCCGCGCUUUACGUUAUGGUGAUCUGCGUAGUGUGACGGGUGCGUGUGGAGCCCGGGACCAGCUCUGACAUCUGAGUAGUGUUUGUUUAGUUCCACAUGCCCACCUGAGCCGUACCAUCCACACAGUGUUGUAGAUGUUCUGAGGGCUGCAUGCCACGGCCGUGUACUGACUCCAGAUUAGCUGUGGAUUUAAAAAUAAUAAUAAAAAAAAAACCAAAAAAAAAAACCCCAACUAACAAACAAAAUCAACCUUUUGUGGUGAUGUGUGUUCAGUUCAGCUGGUGACGCUUUUUCAAGUGGCGUGUUACGUUUUUAUUUUUUGGUUACAAAAAUAGUGCACUGAAAUGAAAAAGCUUUUAAAUGCUUCUGUGUUUCUGUUGUUUUCAGAUAUCUUUUACUGAACUGUAGCAGUCGCUAUCAUGAAUCAGCACUUUGCUAUUCUGUCAGUUUAUUGCAAUAAAAACAUAUUCAGUGCACAGUG